AUGAACGUAAGCUAUUCCUUCAGCAGGAUGAUGGAGGACGUAGUUGCCGUGUCAGAGGCUCCAGCUGAGGAUGAUGAGGUCGCAGCAGCCCAGUCUUCUAGAGACAGUCGAAAGCUUGACUGCAUUAUCUGUUACAGCGCCUACAACCUGGUAGAGAGGCUUCCGCGGAAGCUCUACUGUGGCCAUACGUUCUGUCAGGACUGCCUGAGACGACUGGAUACGGUCAUCAACGAACAGCUGUGGAUCCCUUGUCCUCAGUGUCGUCAGAACACUCCUGUACCUCGAGGAGGUGCCGUUGGGCUGGACCUGGACUUGGCUGCGUUUUUGGGUGUCAAAGCUGAGGUGGAGAACCAGCGAAGCAGCCCGCAGAAAGCCCCUCUGGAGACCAAGCUGUCGUUUGUUAAGCAGCCAAUCACAGAUCAGCCUCCGUCUGCUUGGCCCAACAUGGCGCUGACUGAGCCGCGCUUCCACGCGAGCCCCUGCUGUAGACACUGCCGGUUCUGCUGCUGGUGGUGUUAGAACCACAAGAACGUAUAAGCGCACUACAACUGCAGGUCUUUAAAACUUAUGAAAUGGAAGCUGGGCUCCUCACUGAAACAUCUUGAAUAAUGGUAAUUAUGCGUAAACAUUUUGGGAGGACACAUGAGGGCAAGAAAGUAAAAAAAGUCAAAUCAGACUGGAUUUAAAUGUUAAAAUUGUUCAUGUUUUUGAAAAGAAUUGCAUUUUAAGGUGAGUUUGGUGAAAGAAAAAUGUACAAAGAAGCUAAACAGAUAUUUAAUGUAUUUAAAUUAUUAUUUAUUAGACUUUAAUGUGAUGUAGAAAUAUUUAUUUUU